UUCGGUAAGCAGCAGUUUUAUAAACACUGAGUCACACCAGAUGCUGUUACCAAACCUUCAAUGGUUUAUUAUAGCCUGAAACAGUCAGUCAUCUGUGACGAGUUCAGGAAACAGUUCUCAGGGCAGCAUAAAUGCCUUUAACUCGGAGUUGAAAGCGUUUUUUUCCGUGCAGCACUUGAACGCAUCUUUGUUUGUGAGCCGCAGGAAGAUGAAGGACAACAUUUUCUCCAGGAUCCUGCUGAUCCUGCUCUGCGCGGCUGUUUAUGUCGCGGUUCUGGUCAUCAACGCUUUGGCAGGAGCAGGAAGAGGUCCUUUCCACUUUAGGACAGGCAAUGUGUCGGCCCGCUAUGAGACGGACAUCACUCCAGCAGGCUGGACCUUCUCCAUCUGGGGGGUGAUCUACACCUGGCUCACCCUCAUGGUCAUUUACAUCACCUCCUUUGCUUUCAGAGGGUCUUGGGCUCAGUGUCUCCUUCCCUGCGCCUUCUACUUCUCCUGGCUGUCCAACAUGCUGCUGAACAUGACGUGGCUCCUGCUGUGGGACAGAGAGAUGAUGCUGGCGGCGCUGGUGGUCCUGAUCCUGAUUGCCGUCACCAACUUCAGCUGCUUGUUCUUCGCCUGCUUUGCCACAGACUACUACGGUCUGUGGCUGCGGUCCUACCACAGGAAGGACCUGGCCUGCCUGCGCGUUCUGGUGCAGAACGGCCUGGCCGUCUACUCCACAUGGAGCUCCAUCGCCGCUCUGCUCAACCUGGCCGUGGUUCUGCAGGUGUGGGGCGUGGACCGCAGCACGGCGGCCACCGCCGCGCUGGUCAUCCUGCUGGCAGAGCUGCUGGGAUGGUUUAUUCUGGAGAACUGGGUUCUGGACCGCUGGGUCCGGAACAUCCUGACGGUCUAUCCGGUGAUCAUCGUGGCUCUGGUUGGAAUCAUCUACCAACACUUUGACCCAGACACCCCCACCCCAAACUCUGUGUUCACCGGUGAGUUCCAGAAAGCACUCUCAUGGUGACGAGGAUCUUUCAGA